AUGUUUCCUUCCGCCCGGCGCCGGGCGGAACUUCCCUCGCUAAGACGGGCCUUCGGCGUGGCUAUCCCGCCACCUUCGCGGCCCCCACGGGCAGGCUCGCUCGAGACCACCGUCCUGCCGAGCGGCCUGCGUAUCGUCUCGCACGAUUUGGACGGGCCCCAGUGCGUCCUCGGCAUCUACGCCAUGGCCAGCCUACCCAGCCCAGGCCACGGCUUCUUCAACCCAGGCCAAGGCCUCAGUCACGGCUUCUCCAGCACAGGCCAAGACCCCAACCGCGACUUCUUCAGCACAGGCCUAAACCCCAACCCAGGCUUCUUCAGCACAGGCCAAGGCCCCAGUCACGGCUUUUCCAGCACAGGCCAAGACCCCAGUCACGGCUUCUCCUCAGGCCCAAACCCCAACCCAGGCCUCUCCAGUACCGGCCCAGACCCCAGUCACGGCUUCUCCUCAGGCCCAAACCCCAGCCACGGCUUCUCCAGCACAGGCCAAGACCCCAAUCACGGCUUCUCCUCAGGCCAAGGCCCCAGCCACAGCUUCACCAGUACCGGCCCAGACCCCAGUCACGGCUUCUCCAGCACAGGCCAAGGCCCCAGCCACAGCUUCACCAGUACCGGUCAAGACCCCAGUCACGGCUUCUCCUCAGGCCCAAACCCCAACCCAGGCUUCUCCAGCACAGGCCAAGACCCCAGUCACGGCUUCUCCUCAGGCCAAAGCCCCAGCCACGGCUUCUCCAGCACAGGCCCAAACCCCAGCCACAGCUUCACCACUACCGGGCCAGACCCCAACCCGGGCUUCUCCAGUACCGCUCCCAACCCCGGCCUGAGCUACGCCUUGCGGCUGGCCGUAGCCGCCGCGAGCCCGGGCUUGGCGGGCUGCCGCUGUCGCCACGGCGAGCCCCGCAGACGACGGCUCUAUUGGACGGCCGAGGCGCUGCGGGGGGGUGGGGAGGCCGCCUUCGCACGCCUGGUCUAUGGCCUCGACCCGCACCGUCUUCACGAACUGCAGGAGAAAGGAAAUGGGGGGGGGGGAAGGGGGGAUCCCGAACCCGGCCAAGGGCUGCGAUCCAGGGCUACGGAUGGGCUUGAGGCCGUGGCCUUCUUUAAGGAGCCGCUGGGCGCGCCGCGGGGGCUGCCGGACGGGGGGGCAAUCACCGCGGCUGAGCUGCAGAGCCACGCCGCGGCCCUCCUCCGGCCCGGGCGCAUCGUCCUCGCCGGGGUUAACAUCCCGCACGCGGGGCUGGUGGGGAUGGCGUGUGGGGUGCCCCUCUGGGCCGAAGAGGGCGGCGGCGGCGGUGGCGGCGGCCUCGAUCUCGGCCACCACCGGGACGAGGUCGCGCAGUUCCACCCCGGGCGGCAGGUCAUCCGCCACGAGACGGGACUGGCGCCGAACCCGAAGGUCAUCGCGGCCGUCGGCGCCGUCGUCGAGGGCGGGGACGAGUCGCCCCCGGAGCGAGCCGCGGCGGUGCUUGUUGCCCGGGAGGUCUACGCCAUCCGGAUGGAGGGGGAGGGGGCCUACCACCGCUGGGAAAACCCCGACCGCGCGGACGGCCUGGAGGUCUUUUUCCGCUCCUACACAACGGCCGCCCUCAUCGGCUACACCCUGUGCGCCGCGCCGUCGGAGGUGCCGGGGAUGGUCCAGGCCGCGGUGGAAUGCUUCCCGCAGGCGGUUGACCCGAAAACGCUGGAGGCCGCCAAGCGACGAGCCGUGCUGCGCUUCAAGCGCGAUGAACUCAGCACGGUUUGGGAUUACUGUAAUUUCAUCGCUACCUCCUUAUUGAAACCGGAGGAGCGGAUUCAGGCGAUUGAGAACAUCACCCUGGCCGAAGUAAGAAGGGUGCUUGCGGAGUUGACCUCACACAAGCCCUCAAGCUUCGUGAUGGGUGACACCUUUUCGUUCCCGAAGAACCUCGUGCUCAACCCAGUCGGGCGAUACAAAUAG